AUGACUGAUGAGAUUGGAGAUUCGAUCCCGAGCAAUGGUAUUCAUCAUGGAAAUGAGACUGCAAUUAGUUGUUCGCCAAAAGUUGAGGGUGGAAGCAAUGGGAAUGUGGUUUUUUCUAGGGAAGCUCCGCUAGUAAGUCGAGAGGAUUUGAGCAUAUCCACAUGUAGCUGUGAAGCUGAGAAACUUAAAUCCAGAUUGGCUGCUUCAGAUUCUGAGCCUGGGAAGAAUGAGAUGAAGCUUAGUAGACAAGAUAGAAUCGAGUUAGGGCGUUUUUUCAGGGUGCUAGUUCACAUGAUUGGGAGCUCUCUGGGAGUCUGA